AUGAUGUUAAUUGAAGGUAAACGCAGCCUGAUGCUCGACAUUUCGGGUUAUGUAGGUUUUUUUAGACUUGCAUGAAAUAAAAAUUUUGAUUCCCUUUGAAACGCUUUUCAGAUCGCGAUAACCGUCAAAACGAUACUGGUUGUGUUGACUUUGUCCGGUUAUUUGCUUCUUUUGUAUGGAGUUAAUCGGAAAAAAGCCAUGAUUACUUCGGCGUCACGACUUCAAAGUCACAGAACAAUUGUUCUACAGGCUUUGCCGAUAUCUGCAUAUUCUUUUGUGAGUUAG